CACACAAUGUAGGGAACGGAGCAAGCUAAUUGUUGAGCAAUCUACGGUUUCUGGAAUCCUCAUGCGAGCCUUGGCGAACAACCUACUUGGCGAUCAAGUGUACAACAGAUAAAGGGUAACAAAUAUAAACCUCUCCGUAAGGUGCGCAAGGGUGAGUUUUGGGUGCCGUGCUGUCAGCUAGAAGUAUCGGUACUUUCUCCGAAAGCUGAGUACUUUUCCGCAGCUGCAGUUGCGAAGGAUUGCACGGAACACGUGCUAUCUAUGCAUAAUAAUCUUGCAGGAAGACAUCUAGCAGGGCUGCGUAAAAGGAUCGACGGGCGAACACAAGCCCGGGUUGCGGUGCAGUACUGGCUUCUAGUUCCUGGCUUGCAUCUCACCGCAUACGCGGGCAGAAGACAUGAAGGCACCCGCUGCUAGUGCUAAUGCACCUAAGAACCGUUUUCCCCACUGGCUGGCCGCCUCAACAUUAGAGAUAUAGAAGAUGGAAGGCCUCUUGUCGAGCGGAAGCCUUCCUCUUGUCUGAGAGGAGAGAUUGAGUAUCUGCGAGAUUCAAGAACCGGUGGGCUAAUCAAGCUCCCUCCUGCCCCUCAUCCUUCACUCGUUCCCGCCCUCCUAUCCCCCUUACAUCGAAAUGCACCGGCAGAUAUGAUGGCGACUAUCCCGCGAACCUCCGCUGGGACCUGCGCUGCGUUGGCAGCGGUACCUCGGCGUAACCCUCCGAAGGCUGCGGCAGCGAUGGCAAAUACAAAUACAAAUGCACACACGGCCGCCCCGCGAUUUGUACCUUCGGGCUGGUCGCGGCGAGGUCGGCUACGGCCUCGUGUGUCGGCUUCAGUAGCAGCACCGUACGCGGCAGCUCGGGACCACACUUUCCCCGGAGGCGGAAGCGCGUCCUCCUCCUCCUCUUCGUUGUCGCCGUCCGCGCAGCCGUCGCCAAUGCCGCGGGGAUCCCAGCGGUUGCGGUUGCGGCGGCUUGUUGUGGCGGCUGCUCAGAAGCAGCAGUUUUCCUCGUUCGAUGACAUGCUUAGUCGAUCCGAGGUGCCGGUGCUUGUGGACUUUUAUGCCACAUGGUGCGGCCCCUGCCAGAUGAUGUCCCCGGUGCUUUCCUCUGUGGCAUCGAAGCUCAAGGGGAGGCUGCAGGUGGUCAAGAUUGAUACGGACCGACACCCGGUCAUUGCCAGUCAGCAGAAGGUCCAGGCGCUACCCACUAUCACCCUGUUUGUGGGCGGCAAGGCGGUGUUCCGAUUCGAGGGGGUGCUGACGGAGGCACAGCUGAUGGAACGGCUGAAGUACUACCUUCCUAAUGUUGCUGCUGCCCCUGGGGUGCCGGGGACGGGGACGACAGGCGCGGUUAAAGAUUAGGAAAUAGGGAUGACGGUAGAGGUACAGUGAGCGUAGUACAGUGUGGUAAUGGUGGAUGGCGCUGUAUGGUGUUCAAUCCAAUAGUUGUGACAAUCCAAAUGUGUCGAAUUGGCCCAGAAGCCCACUCCCACUCUGUAAAAAAAAGGGUUGCG